UGCCAAGGUUUCCGUGUACGCGCUGCCUGCGAGAGCGGAGCCGCGCGAUUGUCAUACAGUAGUGCCAGACAUGGCGGCGGAUCUACAACCCGAGUGGAUUUCUUGUCUCCCUUCUUCCUGGAGUUAUGGGGUUACUCGGGAUGGACGCGUCUUCUUCAUUAACGAAGAAGCCAAGAGUACAACCUGGCUGCAUCCAGUGAGUGGCGAAGCAGUAAUAACUGGACACAGGAAAACUCCAGACCUACCCACUGGAUGGGAAGAAGGCUAUACUUUCGAAGGCGCGCGCUGCUUUAUAAAUCACAAUGAGCGAAAGGUGACCUGCAAGCAUCCUGUCUCAAGCUUACCCUCACAAGACAACUGCAUCUUUGUCAUCAACGAACAUAUGAAUUGUGGAAAAUUGUGUCACCCAGCCUUUAGCAGAUCUGCCUCUAAAGUGCCGGUGAAUGAGAAGAAGGAACGACCACUAAGCACAAUGAGUGAGGCCUCCAACUACACAGGCGGCUCGGACUACGCCGCAAACCCCAGUAGCCCAGCAGGAAGACCAUCAAGACCUUCCAAAAAAAUUCAUAACUUUGGGAAGAGAUCCAACUCCAUCAGGAGGAAUCCCAGUGCACCGGUAAUCAAGAGAAACUGGCUUUAUAAACAGGACAGUACAGGAAUGAAGUUGUGGAAGAAGAGGUGGUUUGUGCUGUCUGACCUGUGUCUCUUCUACUACAGAGAUGAAAAGGAGGAGGGCAUACUUGGCAGCAUCCUCCUACCGAGCUUUCGUAUAUCCAUGCUGUCUGUGGAUGAUCACAUUAACAGAAAAUAUGCCUUCAAGGCGACGCAUCCCAACAUGCGAACAUACUAUUUUUGCACUGACACGGCAAAAGAGAUGGAGUCUUGGAUGAAAGUCAUGACAGAUGCUGCACUUGUGCAUGCAGAGCCAGUCAAAAGGUUGGACAGGCUAAAAGUGGAGCAGUGUGGACCACAAGAGAUCAACCAUGUGGCCAACCACAAGCCUCCACUCACACAGCCUGAAAUUCAGAACAAUGAACGCAACCGUGAGGUGGACCGUGAGCGCACUGCAGCAGUCCCCUCCACCACAGCGGAAGAAGAUAGGAAGCAGCGAGAUGCUGAGCGCUACGGCUUCCAGAAGGAGGGGGCGGAGCGCGAGCGUCCGCUCACCAAGAUCAACAGUAUCAAACUGCAGCCAGCCCAGGCAGCGGCCGUCAAGGCUAACCUCAUCUCGCAGCAGAUUCCGACAGAAAUGGACGGGUCACACCGCAGCCCCCAGGUCAAUGGAUCUGGUGAGCAAUGUCCAGCUGAUGGGAUUGGAGCCCCUCCUCAGCAAAGUCCCACCCAUGAGCCAGAGCGCACCCUAAACAGGACCAGCUCUAUGCAGCAACUGGAGCACUGGGUCCGCACACAAAGAGGGCGCACCCCAGACGAUGAUACCAGGAGCAUCACGUCAUACCAGACGCUGCCUAGAAACAUGCCAAGUCAUCGGGUACCCUAUAUGCCUCAUUAUGGCGAUGGCUACUGCAGUAUGCCCAGGAAUAGCAUGGCACAGCGGGACAGCAUCUGCAGCAUGUCGCCAUCAUUGUACGACCAGGCUCUGGGUCCCUCGUCGUCUGAGAAGCGCCGCUCCAUGCGCGAUGACACCAUGUGGCAGUUAUUUGAGUGGCAGCAAAGGCAGGCCUACACCAGGCAGCCGGGGCUCUACAGCAAUAUGGCCAGUCCCAAAACCAUGAUCAAUCUGUCAGCGCAUGCUGCACCAAGCCACUCCAUCCCCCCCUCGCCCUCCCACGGCUCCCUGUCCAUGUACGGUGGCUACUCUCCAAUGCGAUCCUACAACAUGAACAAUGCCCGAUCAGAGGUGUCCUCUCCCAUCUACAGAAGAGACUUGAGCAUUGACAGACGGCACAGGCCACAACUUAACAAGUAUGCCUACCCACCUGAUCGGCGGUCUAUGCCUGCAGGGAUCCCAGUCCAGACUAUCACUGCCCAGUCUCUGCAAGGCAAAACACCUGAGGAACUGACUCUGCUGCUGAUAAAGCUGCGGCGGCAGCAGGCAGAGCUAAACAGUAUCCGGGAGCACACUGUAGCACAGCUUAUGCAGCUAAACAUGGAUGGCGACAACCCAAAGAACGACAUUCUCUCCCAUCAUCUCCAAAGGAACCUCAUGUAUUUGGACAAUCAGAUGAAGGAAAAUGACCCUUUAAUCGUCAUGACUCACACUUUGAUUGAGAACUCUGCCCCAAGGCCUCAACUUUACCAGCAAUUGAGUCCAGAAGACUACAGGGAACACGCCUAUACAUGUAUGCCAGAAGAGGUGGACAUUGAUACCAAACUUAGCAGGUUGUGUGAGCAGGAUAAAUUGGUGAGGACACAGGAGGACAAACUUCAGCAGCUCUACAGAGAGAAGCACACCCUGGAGACAGCACUGCUGUCAGCCAGCCAAGAGAUAGAGAUGGGCUCUGAUAACCCUGCCGCCAUGCAGAGUGUCAUCCAGCAGAGAGACUUACUGCAGAGUGGCCUGCUCAGCACCUGCAGAGAGCUUUCCAGAGUCACAACUGAGCUGGAGCGAUCGUGGAGAGAGUAUGACAAGCUGGAAGGAGAUGUGACUCUGGCUAAGAACAACCUGCUGGAGCAACUUGAAGCACUGGGGAGCCCUCAGACCGAGCCUCCCAGCCAGCAGCACGUCCAGAUCCAGAAAGAACUUUGGAGUAUUCAGGAUGUGAUGGAGGCCCUUAAUAAACAUAAAGCUCAGAGAAAUGCUGAUGGUGUAAACUCCUAUGGGCCCAUGACUAACUUCAGCAAGCACAGAAAUGAGGAGGAGGACUCGGUACCCCCACGGCCACCCCUACCCCAGUCCUACGAGCCAAACCCCCCCACCGUGCCCCCACUGCCCUCUCAUGCCGGUGUGCGCCCUUCAACCCUCCACAGGCCGGAGGACAGGAAGGCCAGUCACAGGAAUGGCACACACAGCGGCCCAGACUACAGGCUCUAUAAGAGUGAACCAGAGCUCACCACAGUGACCGAAGUGGAUGAGAGCAAUGGAGAGGACCGAUCUGACCACCCGUCUGAUAGAGAACAUUCUGGAAACAAAGGGAUGUCCUACCCAGUUGGCAUAGUUCCACCUAGGACCAAAUCUCCAAUACCUGAGUCUUCCUCCAUUGCUUCGUAUGUUACCUUAAGGAAGAGCAAGAAGCCGGACCCCAGGACGGAGCGUCCACGCAGUGCGGUGGAGCAGCAGCUGUGUGCUGUGGAGAGCAGCCGGCCCAGAAUGAGUGUGGAGGAGCAGCUGGAGAGGAUCCGCCGCCACCAGCAGGGUGCCCUCAGGGAGAAAAAGAAAGGCCUCAGCAUCCGGGGUGGCAGCCAGGAGAACACUCCCUCUCGCAGUCACUCAUUUACUAAAGGAAACCAUUUUCCCAGCAUGCAGUCCCAAAUGAGGCGCAGAGACGAGGUGAUCAGCUGUGACAUUCAGGAGCUGGAGGCUUCACUCAGGCAGCAGGAGGUGGUGAGGGAGCAGGAGACGCCUGCUGAGGAGAUUGCUCGUCUCAAAGAAGCCUCGCAGGUUGACCACUUAAAUGUGGACCGCGAGCUUUCUGUGCCUGACAAAGUGCUGAUUCCUGAGCGCUAUGUGGAGUCAGACCCCGAGGAGGCUCUGAGCCCUGAACAGGAGGCUGAUAAGCAGAGAAAAGUAGAUCGCAUCAAAGCCCUCAUCGCCAAAAACAGCAUGCAGAACGUGCUGCCGAGUGUGGCUUUAAGCCCAGAGGAGGAGACUGAAGAGGAGGUUACCAUACAGGAGAAGGAGAAGAUGAUUAAUAUCUCCUACGAGCUGGCAGCAGAGGCCUCCAAACGCAGCAAGCUGGUAGCAGUGAAAAGCUUGUCGCCCUCUUCCCCACCCCUUCCACAGUCUCCUAACACACCCCCUCAACUCACUGAUGGGUCUCACUUCAUGUGUGUCUAGUAGCACCACACAGGCUCUGGCCUCAGUGAAAACCUACACAUGAAGGAAACAGCAGCAGAGGUAUAAAGAUGCCUCAGAAGACUUCCCCCAAGGACAUCAGCACAAGGCCACGGCCUACAGAGAGAGAAACUGCCUACUCCGGGGUCUUAACCUCUGACUUCUGUAUGCUCACUGUGACGUCUUAAGCUCCUGUGCCACCAACAAGACUUUUUCUGUGUGACAUUUCUCUGUUAUUGUCCCUCUUUGUGGCACCACACUCUCCUCAACCUGGUGAGACAAUACAGCUUUGAUCCUGUUAUUGUUACAGUUUCAUUUUUCAGUUUUCCAAUGCUUUCAAGGUUGUUUUUAUUAUUUAUAUGGUU